GACCUUCAUUUCUCAGUGCAAGAGAAAGGUUCUAUUUUGGUUUAGUUUGAUAUCUUCUGUCAAUGGAAGCUUAGCCAAAGUGAGUUCCAAUGUCCGAGUGAUUCAGUGGGAUUGAAGUAAAGAUAGACUCCUACAAGAAAGGAAAACAGUUUUCAAAUUUGACCACGCCGAAAUGGGCCUAACUGACGAAGAAUUCAAGCGACCUUUGGCACCCAUCAAAACCAAUUGGAUACGUUCCUCCUUUCCACUGGGAUUGAACCAAAAGAACGCGAUCCACGGAGAGCCUAUGGAUUUAACUUCCCAACUGUUAAGUCCGAAAAGCAACCGAGAAAACCUCAUCGAGCCCAAACAAAUGGAAGACGACGAGGAUGCCGCUAAACCCGUCUUACCCAUCCCCCACAUCCCACCCAAAAGUCCCCACAAGGCCUUGGAAGAUGGGCACACGUCAGCUUCGUCCAAACCGGAAAAUUCAUCGGAUGAGGAUUCCAAUCGGAAACGAAAAUCCGGCGAACACGUCCAAAACGAGCGGAAACGGGCCAAGAAAAUGCGCCUCGAAAACCAUAACCCAUCCGGAACAGACAGCUCUUCGGACGAGGACGCAUCGGGUGGUUCCAGUUCCGAGGAUGAGGAGAACUUGGAGCUUGAGACUCAAGCCCGUGGGGCCCGUGAGGCCCAGGAGUCCCCCAAAGGCGGGCCCAGGGGCUCUUUGGAUAAAAGUGAACAGAAGCGAUUGAAGCGCCAGAAGCGGAAAAAUAUGCGGCGCAACAUCAAGCAUGUUCUGUCCAAGGAACAACUGGAUACGGGCACUAAGGAAGCGCAGGCUGCUGAAGAAGAGCGAUUGCGACGCCUCCAGGAGCAACAACACGCCCAAAGGAAGCAAUUGCUCCAAGAAGAGUUCCUCCGGCAAAUCAAAGAAAGGCGUUUGAAGGAACUUCGUGAAUUGGAAGCCCAACAACAAGAGAUCAUCCAACUCAGUUCGGAUCUCUCGUCAGAUUCGGAUAUCCUCUUAGUGUCCGAUAAUGAAGUGCAGGAGGUCAAAGACCAGGCUUUGGGCCGAGCUCCCAAUGAGGACAACGAGCCCGAGGACGAUCCCAAUGACUCUGGAAUGCAUGUCGAUGACAGAUUGAAUGUGCCGGAUUCAGACGGAAAUGUUCUGGUGAAUGUGGGCCAUAGCCAAGAGGACCGCCCGAUUUAUUUGGCCAGCCAAUUGGCCCGCAUGAUCAAGCCCCAUCAAAUCGGAGGCAUUCGAUUCCUCUACGACAAUGUUAUUGAGUCUCAAACAAGAUACUCUCAAUCCCAGGGAUUCGGAUGCAUUUUGGCUCACUCCAUGGGAUUAGGAAAAACCAUCCAAUUAGUCACCUUCUGUGAUAUCUUCCUCAAGGCAACGCCAGGUCGUCACAUCCUGUGCAUUGUUCCCAUCAAUACCAUUCAAAAUUGGUUGGCCGAAUUCAACCAUUGGUUGCCCACCCAAGCCGACCAAUCCAGUUUGAGCCAAACUGGGCCGGUGGAACCCAGAUGUUUCCAGGUUCACGCCUUGAACGAUUCCUUGAAGAAUCUGGAACAACGCACAAAGAUUAUCGCCGAUUGGAGGCGUGUGGGAGGGGUGUUGCUCAUGGGCUAUGAGCUAUAUCGACAAUUUGCGUGCAAAAAGCCCCGCAAGGCGCGAAAGAAGAAGAACAAAGGCCCUGAAUGCAUCGAUUUGGAAGAAGAGGAUAAGACCAAGUCCAUGUUGAAUGAGAUUCAAGAAGCUUUAAUCAAUCCGGGGCCGGAUUUGGUCAUUUGCGAUGAAGGUCACCGAAUCAAGAACUCCCAUGCGUCCAUAUCCCAGACCUUAAAGGCCAUCAGAACUAAACGACGGAUCGUACUCACUGGCUAUCCAUUACAAAACAACCUCAUGGAGUACUGGUGCAUGGUUGACUUUGUCCGACCCAACUUUCUUGGCACGAAAACUGAGUUCUCAAACAUGUUUGAGCGACCAAUCCAGAACGGCCAGUGUUUGGACUCCACUCCCAAGGAUUUUCGACUCAUGUUGCAUCGAGCUCAUGUUCUCCACACUCAACUCAAGGGAUUCGUUCAGAGGCGUGGCCACAAAGUGCUUCAGCAAUCCCUCCCACCUAAAAAUGAGCAUGUCAUUCUUCUCCGCAUGACUGAUAUCCAACGAGCCUUGUAUAAACGCUUCAUGGACGAGCUCGUGUUCAAUCGAACUGUUUCGAACCCGUUGAAAGCGUUUGCAGUUUGCUGCAAGAUCUGGAACCACCCGGAUGUCCUCCACCAAUACAUGAUGAAACUCGGUCAACGGGGUCUGCUCGAUGAUCUGGAUAUUGAACUGGACGAAUUCCAAUCCUCCGUUCCUAAUGCCAAUAAGCAAAAGAAGGGCAAAAAAGCCGGUUCUGCCCGGGGAAACAAGCCUGCCAUUCCCGCUCCAAUGGAUCAGUUCCAAGGUGGAUUCAACCCGUUUCUAGGUGAAACAAAGAAGGAUGAAAUCAGUUACGAUUGGGCCCAAGAAAUCAUGAGUACCUACCAGACUGGACAAUUGGAGAAUUCCGCCAAAUUUCAAGUGUUCUUCGCCAUCUUGGACGAGACCAUCAAGGCCGGCGAUCGUCUCUUGCUCUUCAGUCAGUCCCUCCUCACACUAAACCUAAUCGAGGAGUAUCUUCAAGAGCGUCAAUUGCCGGGUUCCAAUAACCGCACGUGGAUCCCGGGACAGAAUUAUUAUCGUCUGGAUGGAUCGACUGCGGCCCAAGAACGUGAGCGGCUGAUCAACGCCUUCAACGCCAGUUCGGACAUUCCAUUGUUUAUGGUCUCCACUAGAGCGGGAUCCUUGGGGAUCAAUUUGGUGGGUGCGAAUCGAGUUGUGGUUUUGGAUGCUUCUUGGAACCCGUGCCACGAUUCUCAGGCCGUGUGUCGCGUUUACCGUUAUGGACAAACCAAGGUCUCCCAUAUCUAUCGAUUGGUUUGCGACAAUUCCAUUGAGAAAAAGAUCUAUGACCGUCAAGUGAAUAAACAAGGUAUGGCGGAUCGUGUGGUGGAUGAGCAGAAUCCAGACAACCAUCUCAGUUCCAAGGACAUCAACAGUCUCAUCUGCGAGAAUGAACAGGACCCGCCUAUUCAAGACCACUCGAAUGUCAUGCAUCAAUACAACGACGAUGUCUUGAAGAACGUGAUCAGGGACCAUGGAUAUCUCAUGACCAAAGAACCUUUCACCCAUGAGAGUCUUCUGGUGGACCGGAAAGAGAAGAAACUGACCCGAGCCGAAAAGCGGUUGGCUGAGCGAAGUUAUGCCUUGGAACGGACCUCCAAAAUCACUUACACUCGCCCGUCUUAUGCGGCCUUUUACCCGCAAGCGGGUGGCUUGGCCACCAAUCUCAACCAACCUGGCUCGAAUGGACUCACCCGCGCCAGUUAUGCCCAUCAAUAUCAACAACAUUUGAUCCCUGAAAUGGCGUCCCUUCCUUCGUCAUCUUCCUCAGCGUCGACUUCAUUUAUGCCGCAUAAUCAUACCAAAUGGUUCCAGAGACCUGUGGCCAAUGUACGGCCCUUCAUUCAAGAUGGCGCGAGUCCGACUCCUUCAAGAACGCCUCUCGAACUCAACCACCAAUCUUGGGAUCGAACCGAUGCCCUCAAUGCCUCCCAACCCUACUUUGAGCCUUGCCUAAAGGAUACAAACUUGCCCUACCCAAAUCAUGGAUCUGAUAUUAUUCCCAAUUGUGGUGUGGCACAAAUCUCCCCGGAGAAACGCAUGCCCCCCGCGCCCAAUAGCUCGGUUACCGGUAUCCCGUAUAAUUCUGCCAAGAAGUUCCCCGCUGAAGCACUAGCGAAGCAAGGCGUGGAUAUGCAAGAGAUACUCAUUCCCAAGGACAUGCUCAUCCCCACCAACUCCACGGGCCAACCCCCCAUCGCUCUCAAGCAAGGGCAAAAGGUCAUGGUGAUCCGAACCCCCAAGGGUAUUUACCUGAGAAUGGGUGAGAAGAUCAUCAAGAUUCGUUUACCUCAGGGUCUUUUGAGCGCCAUGGUCAAUGGCAAUGCAAGUCAAGAGCAACCAUUAACAACCCAACCACCCUCGACACAAUUGCCACAACAACAGCUACAGCCAACGACCAUAGUCGGCACAAAUCUUCAGAAUGGGGCUGUUGGAACCAAUGAUGUGGUGACGUUAUCCGACUCCUCAUCAGACGAGUUGCCCAAAGCCAAUAUUGCCGCCACAAAUCCCAGUCCCGCUCAAGAGUUGUUCCAAAUGGUGACCUCGGCCGGUUCCACGAACUAUCACGGUGGUGCUUCGCCUUCACCAAUAUUCAACGCGGAAUCUCAAGCGAAUCAAAUUAAUCAAAGUUCUUGAGUGUCUCCACUUCUCAUACCUACCAAAGACUUUGAUCUAACCAAUCAUAGCCAACUUUUUUCCCUUCAACUUGUCAUGAUCUUCACGAUUACCAUCAUCAACAGCACGUCAGGAAUAAGUUAUAAUUCAAAAUUCCUAAUCAUAUUGUAACCAUCCAUAUUAAUCCUAUUAUUAUUAUUAUUUACUAUGUAUGAUCAAUCAUCCAGUUUUGCUUUUCACUCAUGUGUUAAAGACACUUCUAAAAAUACAUUGAAUGCAAAUAUAUA